AUGACUUCAACAUCUAACCAAACAGCUAAUCAAACAUAUAGCCAAACACUUAACCAAGCAUCUAACCAAGCAUCUAACCAAGCAUCUAACCAAACGCCUAACCAAACGCCUAACCAAACGCCUAACCAAACGCCUAACCAAGCAUCUAACCAAACACCCAACCAAACACCCAAUCAAACUUCUAACCAAACAUGGCGGCAGAGUCUAAGCAGCCAUCCUAUCCAACAAAACAUACGUCAAUUCCUUUCCAAUUUUCCACUAAAAAUGCACAAACCUCUUUAUAAAAACAGAGAACUUUUAGGACCAACGUUAUACAUGUGGGGACCAGGUUGGAAGACAGCCCAAGAAACUUCUUUUGACCAAGAAUGUUUAAGGUGGCAGAUUUACUUGAAAUUCAGCGGAAUUGAUUUCGAUGUCAGAAAUGCCAAUGAGCCUUUAAUAUCUCCGUCAGGGAAACUUCCAGUUUUUAUAUUUCCAACUGGUGAGGUUCUUGUCGGGGAACAACUAAAAGAUUAUGUGGAUAAUCUUCAAUCGAAUAAAAUCGGAAAAAUAUCCGAUGAACGACAUCAAGCAGAAUGUCAAGCAUUUAUAGUGUUGGCUGAGACAAAAUUGAAAACCGCUCUGCUUUACACUCUUUGGUGUGAUCCUGCUUAUGAGCCAUACACACAUAAAAAGUAUUGUGAACAUUAUGCCAAGCCAUUAGAUAAAAUAAUCAUGUAUCAGGCAAAAAAUGAAGCCAUCAAGGAAAUGUUGACCAGGAAGCCUAUAUUAAUCAGAGAUGAGGAUGCUGUUGAUGCGUUACAAGCAAUUUCUGUAACAUUAGGAAAAGAUGGGUACUUUUUCGGUACAAGAUUACCGACUUACAUUGAUGCUGUUAUUUUUUCAUAUAUUCAUACCAUUUUGUCACUUCCUAUUACUCCGUCUAAUGAUCUUAUUCAAUUAGUACAAAGACAUAAUAAUUUAGUAGAAUUUCAAAAAAAAAUCUAUAAUGAAUUUUUUCAAUGA